GGAGGGAAGAGUGACCAGAGACAAAACAAGAGAGUGGGAGAGAGAGAGAGAGAGAGAGGGUUGAAGGAGUAUGGUUGGAUGACAGUGAGAGGGUAAAGGCAGGGGUUAAGCAGUUGGUACAUCUAGUAACUUUAGACCCUUGGAUGAUGUACCAGUCAUAGAGGAUAACCCAGAAGACAAGAACACAGGGAAGAGAUAUGAAUGAGAAAGAACGCGUCAAUUGAGAAAUAACAGAGAAGCUCACAUACCGAGACGACACGAAGACAGAGGGGGAAAAUACUAUUAUUUAAAGAGGUCAGAACGAGAGAAAGAGAGAAAGAGAGACAGGGAGAGAGAGAAAGAGAGCGAGACAGAGAGAGAGAGACAGAGAGAGACAGCGAGCGAGAGAGAACAGAGAACAGAGUGUGGACAUUGACUCCAUGGGGACUCCAUUCUCUACUGCGUCAGUAGAACAGAAGGAGUGAAAACCAACAGACUGACACUGUCUGCUUCGCUCAACACGAUCCUCCACACACUUCUCCUUUCACCCCUCCAGCCAUCCAUCUAUCUAUCCGUCAAACUGGUGAGGAAGAGGAGGAGAGAUGAAGAGACCUUAUGAUGACUAUAGCUCUCCAGACUCUGAUGACAUGGACAAGCUGAUCGAUGUGGGACAGGAAGACGGCUUCUGUCCAGUCACUGGGUCCAUGUCCCCAGUUAGCACCUCCCAGAUUCUGGCCCGGAAGAAGAGAAGAGGGAUCAUAGAGAAGAGACGCAGAGACAGGAUCAACCACAGUCUGUCAGAGCUUAGAAGACUGGUGCCAAGUGCUUUUGAGAAGCAGGGCUCGUCUAAACUGGAGAAGGCAGAGAUUCUGCAGAUGACGGUGGACCACCUUAAGCUGCUGCAUGCCAUCGGGGGCAAAGGGUACCUUGAUGCGCAGGUCCUGGCUGUGGACUAUAGGACCCUGGGAUUCAGACAGUGUGUAGGAGAGGUGGUUCGGUACCUGGGCUCUUUAGAAGGAGGGGUGGACUCCCCGGACCCUAUCGGAGCCCGCCUGGUCUCCCACCUCUCCCACUGCGCCAGCCAGCUGGACCCCCUUCUCCUUCAGUUGCCCCCCACCUCCUCCUCCCUCCCUUUUCCUCCCUGGCCGUGGAUCUCCUCCUAUCACCAGAUGUCACCUGUCUCGUCUCCCCACUCUCCAUCUUUCUCCGCGGGGCGGAGGGAGCUGGCACGCCUGGGGGGUGGGGGUUAUCCAUCCCACUCAGCCGACACCCUGCGUCUCGCCCCCCUGGGGGGCCAACAGGGGUCUCUACUCGCCCCUGCCCAUGUGCCCUCUCUCCCCUCUCCUUCCUCCCCUACCCUCACCCCCUCCCCCACUCACAGACUCACUCAGCAGUCCCCCGGAGCCUCACCCCUCCUCACCACCCCCUCCUCUUCCUCUUCUUCUUCCUCCUCCUCCUCUUCCUCUGCUCCUCCGCGAGUCUCCUUCAGACCUUUUGCCCCUAUGGGGUCUCCCGCGGGUCAGCGCAGGGGUAUGGGUGGCUCUGCCAAGGCUCCAAAGACCUGGGGGACUGAGAUAGGAGCCUUCUGAUCCAGAACCUGUCAACAUGGCGUACAAUGUAGAGGUUGCCCAACUAAACCUACCUUUUAACCAUCAGAUCUAGGAUCAGAUUACCUUACCCCUAAAUAUACCCUUAACCACAGAUAUAGGAUCAGAUUACCUUACCCCUUAACCACACUUAACCACAGAUCUAGGAUCAGAUGACCUUACCCCUAAACCUACCUUUAAACCAUCAGAUCUAGGAUCAGAUGACCUUACCCCUAAACCUACCUUUAAACCAUCAGAUCUAGGAUCAGAUUACCUUACCCCUAAACCUGCCUUUUAACUAUUAUAGGGAUGAAAUCAUAUCUGACCCUAGAACAGCGGUUAGGGACAACUACUACCUCCUCUGUCUCUCUCCCUCGCUGAUGCCAAUUCAAAAUGAUAGGGACUCUAAAGCCAUACGACAUGACAGACGGACAGACAGACAGAGAGACAGAGAGACAGACAGACAGACAGACAGACUGGGAGGAAACAGCAGGGACGGACAGAGAGAAGGACAGAGAGACGGACAGAGAGACGGACAGGGAGAC